ACGGAGGGAAGGACCCACAGAGAGGAAAGAGAAACUGGGAGAGCGGGGAAGAGAGAAAGUCAGAAGGGAAAUCUGAGCGAGAAGGAAACAGUAGACGUGGAGGGCCACGGAGAAAGAGAAAGAGAUUGAGUGUACGGGAGAGAGAGAGACAAGGGGGAACAGAGGGAGAGAGCGAGAGCGAGAGGGAGAGCGAGAGAGAGAGAGAGAGAGAGAGAGAGAGAGCGAGAGGGGGAGAGAGGGAGGGGGAGGGAGGGGAGAGAGAGAGAGAGAACGGGAUGGAGAGUUAAAGAAGGGACUCCAUGAGUCCCAGAAAAAGAUUUGGACAGAACCAGAAAGAUUGGAGAGAAAGUGAUAUGGGGGUGGGGAUGCUGCCAAGGAGGAAUGCAUAAAAGAGAGACUGGAAGAGACAGAGAUUAGAGAGAGACAGAAGGUGAGACUGGAGAGAGAGACAGUAUAAGAGGAAGGUAGAGCGUGAGAGGAAGACUCACUAUCAGAGACAAAGAGACAAAAGGGUGUGGAAGAGCAGGUGAGAACUGAGGGCUGGGAGAGGCAUCCCCUAAGGGGCAGAAGAGGAGGGGGACUGUGCCUGGGUGUCCCAGCUUCCACGCUGCCCUCUUGUGCUCUCUGUCCUUGGGACCCCAGAGCUGCCCUUGAUGGAGGAAGGCAGACCUCGGAGCAGCCUCAGCCUGGCCAGCAGCGCCUCUACCAUUUCCUCGCUCAGCAGCCUGAGCACCAAGAAGUCCACCCGGGCGGUAAGCAAGGUGCAUGCCUUCGGGAAGAGGGGCAAUGCGCUCAGAAGGGACCCUAACCUCCCCGUGCACAUCCGAGGCUGGCUUCAUAAGCAGGACAGCUCCGGGCUCCGGCUCUGGAAACGCCGCUGGUUCGUCCUCUCUGGCCAUUGCCUCUUCUAUUACAAGGACAGCCGCGAGGAGAGCGUCCUGGGAAGCGUCCUGCUCCCCAGCUACAGUAUCAGGCCAGAUGGUCCAGGAGCCCCCCGAGGCCGGCGCUUCACCUUCACCGCGGAGCACCCGGGCAUGAGGACCUACGUUCUGGCGGCUGACACGCUAGAGGACCUGAGGGGCUGGCUACGGGCACUGGGGCGGGCCUCCCGCGCGGAGGGGGACGAUUGUGGGCAACCCAGGUCAUCUGCACGUCCCCAGACUGGGGAGGGCCCUGGCGGCCCCGGUGGUCCCCCAGAGGUGAGCAGAGGGGAAGAGGGGCGCGGCUCAGAAUCACCGGAGGUGGCUCGUCUCUCCAGAGGUCGUGGCCGGCUGCUCACUCCCAGCCCCAUGGCUGACCUCCAAUCUGGACCCCGAAUUCGGAGGACAAGGAGCCCAGACCUGUUCACACCCUUCUCUCGCCCUCCCUCCCCUCUGAGCCUCCCCCGGCCCCGUUCUGCUCCUGCACGCAGACCCCCUCCCUCCUCUGGAGACACAGCACCUUCUGCCAGACCCCAUACCCCCCUGAGUCGCAUCGAUGUCCGGCCUCCCCUGGAUUGGGGCCCCCAGCGCCAGACACUCUCCAGGCCCCCCACUCCCCGACGAGGACCCUCCUCCGAGGCUGGGGGAGGAAGGGACCCCAGGAGUCCCCAGCACUGGAGUCAGGAGACCAGAACACCGUAUUCCUCCCAGGCCCCCUCUGGCUCCUCCACAUAUCUCCAGCUCCCUCCGAGGCCUCCUGGGACCCGGGCUUCCAUGGUUUUAUUGCCGGGUCCCCCUCUAGACUCAACCUUCCACCAAAGCUUGGAGACAGAUACUCUGUUGACCAAGUUGUGUGGGCAGGACCGGCUCCUGAGGAGGCUGCAGGAGGAGAUAGAUCAGAGGCAGGAGGAGAAGGAGCAGCUAGAAGCAGCCCUGGAAUUGACUCGACAGCAGCUGGGCCAAACAACCAGGGAGGCUGCAGCUCCUGGGAGGGCUUGGGGGCGCCAGCGCCUCCUGCAGGACCGACUAGUCAGUGUGAGGGCCGCUCUUUGUCACCUGACCCAGGAGCGAGAGCGGGUUUGGGACACGUACAACAGCCUGGAACAGGAGCUGAGCACCUUGAGAGAGACCCUUGAGUACUUGCUGCACCUCGGGUCCCCCCAGGACAGAGCAUCUGCUCAACAGCAACUGUGGAUGGUGGAAGACACACUGGCAGGUCUGGGGGGCCCGCAGAAACCACCCCCCCACACUGAUCCUGACUCCCCAUCCCCUGCACUCCAAGGCGAGGAGUCCUCAGAGAGGGAGAGCCUGCCUGAGUCCUUGGAACUGAGCCUACCCCGGUCCCCUGAGGCUGACUGGGGUCGGCCCCCAGGGGGCGACAGAGAGCUUGCCAGCCCUCGCUCAGGUCUUGGAUCUCCAAGGGUCUCCCGGGCUUCCAGCCCUGAGGGUCACCGCCCCCCUUCCCCACAGCCAGGAACCAAGGUCCCCCUGGCGCGGCCCCGGAUGAGUGCUCAGGAGCAAUUGGAUAGAAUGCGCAGACACCGGGAGUAUGGACGGCCUCUCCCUCGCCCAGCCUCCCCCCGGCUUCUCACUCUGGGGAGGACACUGUCCCCAGCCGGACGCCAGCCUGAUGCAGAACAAAAAAACAGGUUUCCAGAUUUUACCCCGCUGUACCUGUGCUGAAGUCAGCAUCCUGGCUCCCUUAUCGGUGGAAGACAGGGUGGGCCAGAGACAACACCUCCACCUUACCAGCGUUCUCCCUCCUCAGGGAGGGGGUGGGGGUCAUGGGUCUGGAUUGGAAGCCCAAUUUUCCUUUUCAGUUACUAUGUGUUGUCAAAGGCAAAAAAAGAAAAGAAGAAAAAUUGAUCAAGUAAGGAAAUAGAUUUUAUUCAUGUUAUGGUGUUGGGGAGAGGACUCCAGAUCCAAAGAUCAGAGUGGUCCGGGCAGGACGGUAUUUUUUGUUUGUUUGUUUGGUUGGUUGUUUUGGGGGUUUUUUGUUUGUUUGUUUUUUGGGGUUUUUUGGCCACGCCAUUGCGCAGUGGCUUGUGGGAUUUUAGUUUCCCUGCCAGGGAUUGAACCCAGGCCCUCUGCAGUGAGAGUGCGGAGUCCUAACCACUGGACCGCCAGGGAGUUCCCCAUGGAUGGUUUCAUCUUAGACUUUUCUAGGAAGGAAUUAGACAAGUGGGGUGAUUUUACAGUUGGGAUUGUUUUUGUAAACAGGGAGCAUCUCAAGUCAGCUGAACACUAAACAUUUAUCUCUAUGUCUAGCUAGUUUGGGGGGGACAAAGAGUUCAGCUAAUCGUUUAUGACAAAAGGAAUGUGAAUUUGGAGGGUCUGUUUC